UGUCGGAGACCGACGCGCCUCGCCACGGGUCGGCGUCGCCCGUCCAGUCCAGUCCAGUGCGCUGCUGCUGCUGCUCUUCGCCUCGCGGCGCCCUUCCUUGAGGAGGCGGCAACCUGUGACGCGCCAUCGCGGGGGGAAGCUCUCUCCCUCUCCCGGAGUAGGCGGCGCACCCGCUCCCUCCCACCGCUUUUCCCCGCACGGGGAAAAGUAGCCGUUGCGGCGUCGCCUUUUUAUGGUGGUAGGGGGAUGAGGGGCGGUGCCGCUCGGCGGUGAGGAGGUGUUGGUGGCCGGUGGGUGGAGAUGCCGCUGGUGAGGUUCGAGGUGCGGAAUGAGGUCGGGCUGGGGGACCCCGACCUGUACGGCGGCGGCGGCGGUGGUGGUGGUGGAGGAGGAGCAGGAGGAAUUGGAGCUGCUGCGAAGAAGGGCGGGGAGGCGGAGCCCAAGGCGCUGCUCGAGGGCGUCGCCGUCGCCGGCCUCGUCGGGAUCCUGCGGCAGCUCGGAGAUCUCGCGGAAUUUGCAGCAGAUGUUUUUCAUGACCUACAUGAGCAAGUUAUAACCACAUCUGCUAGGGGGCGCAAGGUGCUGACUCGAGUACAGAACAUUGAGGCAGCACUUCCAUCUCUUGAAAAAGCUGUCAAGAAUCAGAAGAGCCAUAUACAUUUCACUUAUGUACCAGGCUCUGAUUGGCAUUCACAACUUAAAGAUGAGCAGAAUCACCUGCUAUCCAGUGAUCUGCCUCGAUUUAUGAUGGAUUCCUAUGAAGAAUGUCGAGACCCACCACGACUAUACCUUCUUGAUAAGUUUGAUAAUGCUGGUGCUGGGGCUUGUUCGAGGAGACAUUCUGAUCCAUCAUACUUCAAGAAAGCAUGGGAUAUGAUGAGAGCAGACAAGACAGGAAGUUUCCAAAGAGAAAAGAAAUCUCAGAAAAUCAAGAGAAAAGGUUCACGCUUGAGAGAACCAUAUCAUGGACAAACUACACCCAAGCAGAGGAAUGGCGAAUUGCAGCGAGCACUCACCGCUGUUCAGCUUACCAGCAGCAGGCACUUUGCGUCUCCUAGUACCGAUGGCCGGAGCUUUUCAGAGAAUAGGUCUACACCUGACGUAAGAUCUAACCCAGAAAAUAUAAGCAGAUCUUCUUCCUUUAGUUCGAAAGCACGACUGAGUUUCACAGAACAAGCUUUAGAUACAAAGCCAACUGUAGUUCCUCAUGAAAAUGGUCAUGAUAAGCUGGCAAAUAUUAAUCUACACAAGCUUAGCAAUACCCCCUUGCACACACGGCUUGAUGGUACCAGUGCAGAUGAUCUAGGUGAUGGUUUGAAGCAAAAUUCCCUGCUAGAUGAUAUGACUGCUAGGUCACCUUCUGUUAAAUGGGACGAGAAGGCUGAAAUUACCAUGUCUACAACAUCCGUCUACUGUGAUGAUGUUGUCAUGGAUAAGGCUGAACAUGAAGAAGCUAAAUGUAUUAGCCCUGAGCAGCAAGAAAUCGACCAUAGGGAGAUGGAGACUUUGGAGCAGCAAGAGGCAUUACAUCAAAAGGCAAAACUGUUAUUGGUGUCAUCAGGCUUGAACCACCAUGAUGAGGUCCCCAGUGAAACAGACAACUAUGUGGAUGCACUUAACACACUUGAAUCUGAGACAGAGACUGAACCUGAAGUUCAAACUAAAAGUAAAGUGGCACCAGUACCUUCCCUCAAUGUUUAUGUUCCUCAGGUGGACUUGAUAGAUAAUAUUGGCAGUGAGUCUCCUGAUUCUUCUAUUGCUGAAUUCCCUGUUGCAUGUCAAAAUUUUGGUAUGCCUCCUGCUUCUGACAGCACAGCUGAUUAUCCCAGUUUGCCAAGUGCAGAUGCUCCUGACAUUUCACAGCCAGUAUUAUCAGGAUGUACAACUAUUCCUCAUACUGAAGGUUCACCUAUUUCUACUAAUACUCUUGUGAGUAAUACAGAGGAUGCUCCAGGUCUUUCAGAGAUUUCAGAGUCACCAUUGCGAGCCUAUAUAACUACACUUCCUAAUCAAAGUUCCCCUGUUACUAAUGAAAUUCCAGAGAGUAAGGCAGAAGAUGCACCCACAGAUUCUCCUGAGAAAUCAGAACCAGGACCAUCAAGCUAUAUAGCUACACCUUCCAAUAAAGAGUCCUCUGCUGUCAGUCAAAGUCCUGAUAAUAAUGCAGAAAGGGUUUCUAGGGAUUGUAGUGAAGGCACUGCUUGUGUUAUAUCCUAUCCCCAGUGUACCAUUUCUGACAUGCCACCUAAUGAGAUAUCUGCUACUAAAAGCUCACUUGAUGAUGCCUCUGGUGACUCUUUUAUUAUGUCACAAAGGAGACCUCAGGAUUAUCCUGGAAAGAAUGACGAUGAGGUUGAAAGUGGUGGCUCUACGGAAGUAUCUAAUUCACGACCCAUGCCACUGAAUGAGUCAUUGGAGAAUGGAUGUGCAACUCAAGGCUUUCCAACGAAUGCCCCUACUAAUUCUACUGGAGUAUCUUCUGUUAAGCUCUGGACUAAUGCUGGGCUCUUUGGACUUGAGCCAUCUAAACCUCCAGUAUUUGGUGCCCAUGAUGGUUCGACGGAGGACACUAAGCCUGGAUACGAUGAAUCUCAGCUUUACCAUUCAACUGGAUAUGCUGAACCACAUUUUUCAAAGCCCAUCGAAUCUGCAGAAGUAGAUGUUCCAAAUGGCAAUGUGCCAAUUACCAGCAGCUUUGUGGGGAAGCUUGUUGGUAUCUGUCCUGGUUCUGCAAACCACACCAGCUCAGAGCCUAAACAAUCAGUAAGAACACCUGAUACAGUUAUUGGUCAAACAGUGGGGACCUCAGGUUGUUCCACAUCUUUUGAGCACGGUGAUCACAAAAGCAUUACUGGCAAACAAACUUCAAUAAGUGAGCUCCUAGAAUCUGAAGAUAGUGCUGAAAAUGGUGGUGAAAUGUACACUAAAACUGACAUGGCUGGAAGGAAUAACAUGAAUCUGGUGUCUGCAUCAAGCUUUUCAAGCAUUGCGCAGAGAUUUCUUGCUAACACACUUCAGCGAAGAACUCCCAAAUACCCUGAUCUUCCUAUGUCAUCUGUUAUAGGUAACACUGAUGCAAAUGGGACCGAUGAAUCUACCCAAAUAUCUGCUGUAGCCCCUAGCGAAACAGCAUUUGAGGCAUCUCAAUUGGAGAAGAAAGCAGAAAAUGACUCAAAUGGACUGCCCAAAUCAUCACUCUUCUCUGGUUGCGAAUACUCCGAGAAAUCAUCUCCACCGCUCGAGUACAUGAAAAUAUCUUUCCACCCUAUGAGUGCGUUUGAAAUGUCAAAAUUGGACUUAGAUUUCUCUGAUGGAAAUUUUCAUGAGAAUGCUGAUGAUAUGAUAUUACCAACAUUUAAGUUGCUUCCAGGGUCUUCUGUUCCACAACCUGGUAGUGGUUCUGAAUCAGAAGAUGAUACUUUUGGUAGAUCUUAUAGUUAUUCUUCAUAUGAUGACCUAAGUCCACGGUUAUAUUCAAACUCUGAGUUGUGGGAUCAAGAGGAUGCAGGUGGUUUGGAGGAUCAUGAUAUGCAUAAUUAUCCAAAUCAGACAGGGUCCUUUGGAGCACCAAUCACUAACUUUGUGGAAUUUGAGCAAAUGGACUUAUCUGGUGUGAAGUCCACUGUAUCACUUGCAGAUCUUGGGGGUGAUAAUGGACUAGGCACGUUAGAUUCUCAUCCUGCUGGAGAGCUUCCUAACUUUGAUACUCUGAUGGUUACAAACAAUCAUAAAAAUGAGGAUGCCUUCAUUCCACACAAUCCAGUAAGUUUGUCACCGAAUGAAGGUCAGUUGCCUCCGCCUCCUCCUCUUCCCCCAGUGCAAUGGAGGACAAUGAGACAAGUAGCCUCUGUACAAGAAGAAACAUGUUCUGCAGCUAAAGAUAUGCUUAAGAGCACCUCAGGUCUACCGCCAGUACACACCCCUAUUCAGGAAGAAAAUCUUCAGCCCAUUGCACCGCCAGAUCAACAAGAGGAUGAUAGAAUAGUUGAUGGGGUAAAAGAGAUCAGCAAUCCUCCCAACAUCGAGAUCAUCAGAGCAAGCUUACUUCAGCAAAUCAGGGACAAGUCAGGUCAGCAGAAGCUAAAUGGGCAUGAAAAGUCAAAAGCAGUUGGCAAUGAUGCAAAAAACUUGGAUGAAAGGGAGGAAUUGCUUCAACAAAUCAGGAGCAAGACAUUCAAUUUAAGACGAACAAAUGCAUCUAAGACAAACAACUCAUCACCGUCCACUGCCAACUCCAACGUUGUAGCAAUCUUGGAGAAGGCAAAUGCAAUCCGCCAGGCUGUGGCUAGUGAUGAGGGAGGUGAUGAUGAUAAUUGGAGUGAUAUAUGAAUACUCGACUGGAAUGCGUAUGAAACUAUUUUUCUGUAUAUUGAGCUAGAACAAGAUGCAGUGAGAAAAUGUGAAUAACAUCCUUUUCUUGAUUGUAAUUAGAUUUUGCAGGUCUGUUUCGUACCCAUUUUAGUUCAUAUUAGUGUAUUCUAUCAUAGGCCAUGUGGUUGUGAAAAUGUUAGAUCAUUUUCAUAUUAUGUAAAUUAACUUUAUUAUUUAUUUUUGAUAGUAAAAUUAACUAGUAAAAUAAGCAUGUUAAACUGUUUUCCCUAGCGCUGUAUUGAACAUCUCUUUGCA